AUAAAAAUAUCCGACGUAAAGCAAAGCAGUUGCUGUCAGCUUGAGAGAAGGACAUUAAUCACCGGUUUCACACCUGAACACAGAGUACACGUUUUAAUCAUGCAGCACUGGCCGCUCUGUAUACUUCUACUAUGCCUUGUCUUCUGUGAUGUCUCCACUCAAAGGAAAAAAAAGACAGUCCAAACUCUCUCAAGAGGUUGGGGCGAUGACAUUUCUUGGGCUCAGACGUAUGAGGAGGGACUGGCUAAAGCAGCCAAAAGUAAGAAGCCUCUGAUGAUCAUUCAUCAUUUGGAGGAUUGUCCGCACAGUAUUGCUCUGAAAAAGGCAUUUUCUGAACAUCAGUCAAUUCAACGGAUGGCCAAAUCAGAAUUCAUCAUGCUCAAUUUAGUGCAUGAGACCACCGAUACCCACUUGGCCCCAGAUGGCUUCUACGUUCCCAGGAUCAUGUUUGUUGAUCCCACACUGACUGUGCGAGCUGAUAUCGUUGGAAAAUACGCCAACCGAAUGUACACAUACGAGCCGGACGACAUAGACUUCUUGGCAGAGAACAUGAUAAAAGCCAAGAUCCUGCUCAAGGAGGAACACGAGGAACAUGAUGAUCUGUAAUCAAUCAUUGCACAUUUCAUGGCAAUUCGUAACUUGGUAACACUUUACAACAAGGUUGCGUUAGCAAUGUCCCUUUAAAGCAAGUCAUUUCUCUCAGCGGCCAUCUUUGAAAUGUCUCUUGGGCAUUCUGCCUGAAUGGGGAAACAUCAAAUUCUCCAAAAUUGCUUGCCAAACGUGCGAUUGAAUUUCAUAUUAGGAAUCAUUAAAAAAAAUAAACAACAA